CUGCUGCUGCUCUUCUUCUGGGCUUUGCCGCCUGUGCCCGGUGGGCGCCACUACCCUCACAGCGCCAUGUUGGACGGCUCGUCCCGCUAUCGGCUCUUGUGGGCUCACGAGGGCAACACCAUCUCCUUUCGCCUGGAGGUGCUCACUCAGGGCUACGUGGGCUUCGGCUUCUCCCCCACAGGAGCCAUGGCUUCGGCGGAUAUCGUGGUGGGUGGACUCGACCGGGGCAAGCCCUAUUUGCAGGAUUGCUUUACAAAUGCAGACAGAGUACUGAAAAAAGAUUCUCAGCAGGAUUACCAUCUGGAGUAUGCUAUGGAAAAUAAUACUCAUACAAUACUAGCUUUCAGCCGGCAGCUUCACACUUGUGACCCAAAUGACAAGAGUCUAACGGAAAGCACAGUACGAGUGAUAUGGGCCUAUCAUGACAAAGACUUUAAAAAUGGAGGUCAAAAUUACCAUGGUUCUAAUCGUGGGACAAAGAGUCUUCGUUUAUUGAAUCCUGAGAAGAAUGCUAUUAUCCCUCCCUCCCUGCCAUAUUUUGACUUGGCAAACCAAAACGUGGCUAUACCAGAACAAGACACAACCUAUUGGUGUCAAAUGUUUAAGAUACCUGCCCUGAGUGAAAAGCAUCAUGUGAUAAAGGUUGAACCACUCAUUCAGAAAGGUCAUGAGAAUGUAGUGCAUCAUAUUCUUCUCUAUCAGUGUAGCAGCAGUCUGAAUGAUAGUGUUCUGGAUUAUGGCCAUGAGUGCUAUCACCCGAACAUGCCAGAUUCAUUUCUCACCUGUCAAACAGUCAUUUUUGCUUGGGCUAUUGGAGGAGAGGGCUUUACUUAUCCACCUCAUGUUGGCUUAUCCAUUGGAACAGCAUUAGACCCUCAAUAUGUGCUUAUGGAAGUCCAUUAUGAUAACCCUUCAUAUGUGGAAGGGAUGAUCGAUAAUUCCGGACUGAGGCUAUUUUAUACUCCAGAUUUAAGGCGAUACGACGCUGGAGUUAUUGAAGCGGGGCUUUGGGUCAGCCUCUUCCACAACAUCCCACCAGGCAUGCCUGAAUUCAUGUCGGAGGGUCAUUGCACUCUGGAAUGUCUGGAAGAAGCUCUUGGUGCUGAGAAGCCAAGCGGGAUUCAUGUCUUUGCAGUUCUUCUCCAUGCACAUCUUGCUGGCAGAGCAUUAAGGAUGCGCCAUUUCCGCAAGGGCAGUGAACUACAGCUGCUGGCUUAUGAUGAUGAAUUUGACUUUAACUUCCAGGAAUUUCAGUACCUGAAAGAAGAAAGGACCAUCCUGCCUGGAGAUAAUUUAGUCACUGAAUGUCACUACAGCACCCUCAAUCGGUCAGAUAUGACCUGGGGUGGUUUUAGCACCAGAAACGAAAUGUGCCUAUCCUAUCUUCUAUAUUAUCCAAAAAUAAAUCUUACUCGCUGUGAAAGUAUUCCUGACUUAAUGGAGCAACUCCAGUUUAUUGGGGUUAAACAAAUAUACAGACCAGUGAGAACUUGGCCAUUCAUUAUCAAGAGUCCAAAACAAUACAAAAACCUUUCUUUUGUGGAUGCAAUGAACAAGUUUAAAUGGUCCAGAGAACAGGGUCACUCCUAUAAUGACUAUGUUCUUAAAUUACCUGUAAAUGUAAGGUGUACCAAGACAGAAAAUGCAGAGUGGACGAUUCAUGGAAUGAUGGCUUUACCACCUGAAAUUGAAAGACCUCAUACAGCAGAGCCAAUUAUAUGUAGCUCAUCUUCUUGUUUAAAUGCCAAUCUAUUUUUAACCAUGUUGAUUGUACUGCAUAUCUCAGCCAUUGCUCCAAGGAAUCAAGGACCUUUUGUACAAUUGUAGAUUAUAUCCACUCAUGAUUUCCAUGCCAUGCAAGUCCUCAAAUGUUUGCACUGUCACUCUUGUAGAUUUAUUUUUUUUACAUAGUAAUAAACUAAAUUUGUUUAAAAAUACCGUGUUCAUCUCAUUUGAAACAAAAUAUUAAAUAUAUACAGCCUUUUAUGUACAUAAGGUCCACUGGUUUGCAGUAUCCAGCUAAACUAGUUGAUAUAUAGUUUCAUUUUUUUCAUUCUGGCAUAUCACUUUAUGAUUCCAAAAGCUGCUCUGUAUUUAGAUAUCAAGGAAAUAAACUAAACAUUAUCUAUGUAACCUUAA